CAGUUAUCCCUGCGAUUAUGUUAUAGACCUUUUCAUUGGGUAAUCCUGCAGAAAUUGGUCCGGUCCUUUCUCUUCAGCUGCUGCAGUGACCAACACCAAUGUUUUCACCCUAGGCCGAUUUUUGCUGCCCAAAUCUCAAGAUCUCCUUCUUAAAGGAGAGCUAGAGAUGGCGACGUAUGUCCCCAGCGGAUGUGGUAACGUCUCUGCGGCGGCAGGGCCCGUGGCCAUGCCCAACAUUGCGGUGUGGGAGUGGCAGACGGACACGGGACACUGGCGCCCGUACGAGCCCGCGGUGUGCCGGCUGCUGGAGCAGGAGUCGCCCACUCCCAGCGUGGGACUGGUGAAGGCUGACCAGCGGCUGGGGGUGUACGUGGUGGACAAGGACUCCAUGGAGCAACUACGGACAGACACAGGAACAGUCCGAUCCGUCAGGAGAAAGGAGUACCCCCCAGACUCCGCGCCUGGCCGGGGCGUGGUGUGGCAGUGGUGGGGAGACUGCGCCUGGUCGCUGUACGACAUGGACACGUGCUACGUCCUGGAGGCCGCGUACAUAUCCGGAGCGCCGUCCGUCGACCUGCUGCACACGCUGGCCAACCUGCCGUACACCAUAGACUUCAGAACCAUGACUCAGACUCGCCAGGAGACGGGCUACACCAGGAAGAUUCAGCGCGUACAGAUGCCAGUCGUGUACCCGCUGUCAGGAAACUAUAGCUACGUGGGCACCGGCAAGAUGCCGAGUCCGACAUACGUGAACGGUCAUGUACACUGUAACACGACAUUAGUGCCAAGCACUUCAGUUGGAGGGAGCAAUAAAAGGACACAUAGUGCUAGCAGUGCAGUACCGCCACCUAGUGUUUCUGGCAUGAAAAGCAGGAAUGGAAUAAACUAUAAACUGUCAACAAGUACAAAUGGGAUGGCGGCAGUGCCACCCGCUGCCGCUACGUCGCUACCAGUGAACACAGGAGCAAGGCCGCGUGCACGGAGCACGCCUGCACUGGUCAGCGGAGGACAGCCCACGACAGUUGUGGCGCAUAACAGACAUGCCAUUUCCCACCUAACGCAUGCUGUGACAGGCAUGACAGGCUUGCUGAUGUCCCCAGCUCUACCCGUGCGUCUGACCCACUGCACAGGACCCAUCCUCAGCCCCCCUCACGUGUCAAAAAUGGAGUGCCGCCCCGUGCAGGGGGUCCCCCCGCCCAAGAAACUCCGCAGGAAAUCGUCCAAAACCAAGAACAGCCUGAGUGGACCUGACGUCUUAAAGAAGUACUCUGUGAAGAUGAAGGAACAGCCCCCUGAUGAGGAUUGUCCCAUCUGCUGUGAGAACUUGAGAGGACCAUCUGGUUACGAUGCCACAGACAACAUGGCUCCCUCCAUGGUGACCAAACUGCAGCACUGCAACCAUGUGUUCCACGGAGUCUGUCUACUGGCCAUGUACAACAGUGGGUCAAAGGAUGGCAGUUUGCAGUGUCCCACCUGUAAGACGAUCUACGGAGAGAAAUGUGGGAACCAACCACCCGGCACGAUGGACUACCACGUCAUCCCGUACCCGCUACCCGGCUACGUGGACUGUCACACCAUCCGCAUCAUCUACACCAUACCCCAUGGCAUCCAGGGUCCAGAGCAUCCCACCCCAGGGAAAAAGUACACAGCACGGGGCUUUCCUCGCCUCUGCUACCUGCCAGACACUGAAAAGGGGCGUAAGGUGCUCCAGUUGCUGAUCAAGGCGUGGGAACGUCGCCUCAUCUUCACCAUUGGUCGCUCCACGACGACGGGAGAGGACAACACCGUCACGUGGAACGAGAUCCACCACAAGACGGAGUUCGGCUCCAACGUGACCGGCCACGGCUACCCCGACCCAGAGUACCUGGACAACGUCAUCGCAGAGCUGGCGGCACACGGGGUGACCGAGUGACUACGAACACUGUCCGCAAAGUAGACUCUGUGGUGCCACGUUUUGAUUCUGUGGUGGCAAGUUUUGAUUUUAGUUCAACUUUUAGAAGUACUUGAAAGAUGGCAAAGAAAUUUACAGGCAUUACCAAUUAUGAUAUUGAUAACACAUUCAGUUAGAAGAUUUUCUAGAGAUCUGUUAUUAUUUGUAUAGUACUGCCUGGGACCAGUUUGAAAGUCUUGUUUCGAAACUUGCCAUUGGAAAAAGUUCAGGUACAAUUUGUACUGGUUAAAUCUAGUUUUCAAUCUGUUCAAUAUGUAUAUAAUAUGCUGAAACAGAAUUGCAUUCCAAGGCUUGAAAUAGCAUUAACAUGCAAGUUUAGUGCAGGUAAAGUUAGACUUGUGCAGGUACACCUAACCUGCAUGGGCCUAUGAUAAAACCUGACAGCAGUCGUCCAAAAUUGCCAUGAAUGCUUGAGAAAGGCACCCUGUUAUACAGCAGAGUACUACCAGGAACAUCUUGACAUUAUUUUAGAUGGACUACAAAAGGAAAGAAGAUGAUUGGUGCAGGUAAAAACUGUCCAAAUUUUACCUACAGCAGUGCAAAUAUGCUCAAAAAACAAUUCGCACCAUGUUUUGAGGGAAACUGGGUUUUGGCAAGUUGACUCUUUCUAUCUGAACUACUGACUAGCAUGUCCUGAGACAAGGGUUUUGGAUAAUCGUGUAGCAUGUUGAAAAGUGCAUAAACUUUGUAAUUUGUCAAGAACAACCUAAGUAGACAUUCCUACUAAUUAUUUGAUCUAUGGGGUUUUUUUAAAGAGCGGAAAAAAGUGUCAGAAUCAUGCAUUUUUGUGUCAAAAAGAAGUGAAAUCUUUGUUGACAACCGAAAUUCACAAUCAUAACAUUUUAUGUUGGCAAAACAGCUGUUCACACUUGAAAUCAGGAUCUUGAGAUUCAUUUUGCAAGUUGUUUUCCGACCUCCAUGACUUGCAGGAAAAACAUGGAUGGUGGAAGGCAUCUACUUCUGUUACUGUAACUCUCAAAGCAGAGGUUGAUGGUGAGGUGAAAAUCAUGACAUUUUCCUUACAUACCGUCUUUUUCUAUCAGCUGUCCCCACCAAUGACAGCUGAUAGAAAAAGACGGUAUGUAACUUUAUUAUAGGUAGAAGGUCAUGAUUUUCCCCAUCAACCCAUGGAGAGUAUGUUACUGUGUGAAACAAAGGCCACACGGAUUUAAAUUUUCAGUUGUAUGAUUUUGGCAGGAAAACAACGAUGUAGGCACGCAAACUGAAAUUGUGUGAGCUAACAUAAUACUAAUAGCUGAUAUUGUUUGAAAAAGGAAAGUAUUGAGCUGUACCUACAGCUAUCUUGCAAACAUAACAUACAGGAAAAGCCUGUAGUGUCUGACUGUGUUUUCUUUCUCUACUGUUUCUGUAGUAAAUGGUCACUACAGAAUAUCCUCUUGUUUGAUAUUGCUGUAGAUAGUAAGGCAGGGUAAACUAUGAAACAAGAUUUACUGAUGAUAUUAGUUCUUUGCCCUGGUGAGCCAACUUUUAGGGAAGAUUUUUUUAAACAUUUUUUUUAUUCUUCCCAUGUACUCGAUAGCCAACAGAAUUACUCAUGUUUUCAAACUAUUGUCUCAUGUACCUACCACACAAUGAAACAUUUGCUUGUGACUGUAUUAGUGAUGUGUCUUUGUUGCUAUUUUCAAGUACUUUUUGGCUAACCCUUUCUUUAUUGUUGCAAUGGUUAUGAGGUUUUGUUAGAAAGCAUUGUGCAGUAUUUAUUUCAGGUAUAUAAAUAUGGAGCUAUAAGGCUUGCCUUUCAGUAUUACUGACUUGUUUAUCUUCAACAAAUAUCUAAAA